CCCACGCCAGCAACGCGGAAAGCGUGGCACUCACUCACGACCGACGCGUGACUUUUCCCCCUCCCCUUCCAUUGGCCUGCACAGCUGCACUGGUCUGAAACAGUAAAGCUUUGAAACAUCAUAUGCAUUUGACUUGACUCACUCACCCCCCUCUCCACAAUCUUCCUUUCGCUUCACAUACACAAGACAAAAGCAAAACACAAACACAAAAACUCAACAAAUUUUUGUUGUUUCUUCACAAGCAUACCCUCAAACACAUAGCGCUCCGUGGUCUGAAAUGGCUUCUCUUCCUCUUUUCUCUGUCCUUUUUACCUUUCUUCUCUCUCUCGCGCCCGCCUUCUCAACCAACUCUGAAGGAAAUGCUUUGCAUGCUUUGAGAAGCAGGCUUUCUGACCCCACCAACGUGCUGCAGAGCUGGGACCCGACGCUGGUUAAUCCCUGCACCUGGUUUCAUGUCACCUGCGACUCCAACAACCAUGUGAUUCGCCUGGAUUUGGGCAAUUCUAAUAUCUCUGGGACUUUAGGUUCUGAACUCGGCGAGCUCAAGCAUCUGCAGUACUUGGAGCUUUAUAGGAAUGACAUAACAGGGAAAAUCCCAAAAGAGUUGGGUAAUUUGAAAAACCUUGUUAGUAUGGAUUUGUAUGAAAACAGAUUUGAAGGAGAGAUCCCAAAAUCUUUGGCCAAAUUGAAGUCACUCAGAUUUCUACGGCUAAACAACAACAAGCUAGCAGGAUCAAUCCCAAGGGAACUCACCGGCCUCUCUAACCUCAAAGUUUUGGAUGUCUCGAACAAUAACCUCUGCGGAACAAUUCCGGUCGAUGGCCCUUUCUCGACCUUCCCAAUGGAAAGUUUUGAGCACAACAGACUCAAUGGCCCGGAGCUGAAGGGACUGGUGCCCUAUGACUUCGGAUGCUGAAGCAAGCUAAGCUAGCACGCCGAUCCUCCUCUGCAGACUGUAAUACUAGAACUUUAUUGUAUGAUGAAGUAGCUGCGUAGAAUGCAUUACUAUAUCAUGUAUUUGAGAACGGCACACAGUUAAUGUGUUGGUUGAAGAUUAAUGAAAGCAAGCAAAUAAGAUGAUUGUGCAA